AUGCCGCUCGUUCGCAAAAACAAUGAUCGUGGGAGGCCAGAACAACAACGGUACCUACAGGCCAUGACAGAGAGCACAAUGUCUGGUGCAUCGUCCACCACGCUGAAUGAGAACGCCAAUUCAUAUUUUGAAAAACCUCGUUCGGUGGUGCACCCGGUUUAUGGCAGCUACAGAGAAAGUAUACCAUUGACCGAGUCACCACGCAGCGCGUCCGACCAUCAUGCUCGAACCCUCUCAGAUCUCAUUACCACCGAGAACCUGCAGGAUAGUCCUCUAGAUACUCCCAAUGGAGGGUUUCCUCCUUUCGCUCCCAGAACUACUUCCACCUACUCAGAGUAUGGAGCAAACUCGCCUUAUCCGACAUCCACGCCAUUUAGAAGUCAAGAAACAUUAAAACCUCUCGUCCCCGACGCGUCUAGCACGUACCUGAGCAAGGAUUGGGUCAAAGAUGGGUCCAUUGCCCGACUACACUCAAGAGACGACAAGGAAUUUCUAUCUGGCUGGAAGAGACGGAUGUAUUAUUGGUUCGCGCCUCUACUGGCCAUUGUUUCACUGGCACUGUACUGGCUGUAUUUUGGCCUCCGCAUCACCUUUGUCAUCUCGGCACAACGCAUGUACCACGCGCCUUUCCCUCUCGCCUGGGUGUUCAUUGCUGUCGAGAUCAGUGUCGCCAUUCCGAUCUUCAUGCAAACCUUUUGGUCACUGUUUGUCCUCAAGAAGAGGAACCGUCCGAAGCUGCGGUUGAUUGGCAACGACGUCCCCAGGGUCGAUGUUUUCAUCACCUGCUGUGGUGAGGAUGACGAUCUGGUUGUCGACACCGUCCGCGCGGCAUGUGAUCUGGACUAUCCCGCUGAUCGGUACCGGGUGAUCCUCUUGGACGAUGGCAAGUCGGAUGUGCUCAAGACUACAUUGGAGGAUAUGCGAGAGACCUUCCCCAACCUGUUUUACCGCCGCCGUCCCAAGUUUCCAGGAGUUCCUCACCAUUUCAAAGCUGGCAAUCUCAACUAUGGUCUGGACGAGGUUCAUAGUAUGCCUGGCGGUGCGUCCGAGUUCAUGGCAGCUUUGGAUGCCGACAUGAUUCCCGAACAGAACUGGUUGCGAGCCAUUAUGCCUCAUCUCCUGUUGGACCCCAAGGUCGCGCUCGGCUGCCCGCCUCAAUUGUUCUACAAUGUACCCAAGGACGAUCCUCUUUGCCAGAGUCUCGACUUCUUCGUCAAUGUGGCAGAGCCGGUCAAAGAUGCCUUGGGGGUUGCGUGGUGUACCGGAUCCGGUUAUGUGAUUCGAAGAGUGGCUCUUGAUCAAAUUGGCGGCUUCCCUCGUGGUUCAUUGGCAGAAGAUGUAGCCACUUCGACCCUGCUGCUGGGCCAAGGCUGGAAAACCGCGUACGUGCAUGAAGCUCUUCAGUUUGGCACCGUCCCGGAAGACUACGGUGGCCAUCUGAAACAGCGAACAAGAUGGGCAAUUGGCACCGUCGACACCGCAUUCAAGCUCCGGUUCUGUCUCUGGGGCGACAAAAUCAAGCAAAUGACCUUUGCACAGCGAACCUCGGGCUUCAUCUACGCUGUCUUGAGCUUGUUCAACAUCUUCCUGACAUUGUCCAUCUUCGCCAUGCCGAUCGUUUUGAUCGCCAACAAGCCUCUUGUCGCCUAUGCCACAGAAGAGCAGCUCCGGUGGUUAAUUCGGGCCUGUUUUGCAGCCAUGACGUGCAACCGACUCUGCGAAUUCGCCCUGUUCUUGCCGUCUGGCUACGCCACGGGACAAAGGGGUAGUCGGUCACAAAUGUGGAUGAGCCCAUACAUUGCGCUGACACUGGUGCGCUCCUUCCUGCUUCCGAAAUGGCUAGGUGGACAAACCCAAGCCUUCAAGGCAACAGGCUCGAUUAAAUCAUCACUGAACGAGCGAGACGCAAAAAGGCGCGCCCCAAUGUACCGACGUGUCUGGACCAUCCUGGUUAACUACCUGGCCGGCUUCCAUGUCGCUUAUGUCUACUUCGUCUUGGUUGCCGUCACCAUGUCGACGUACCGGUGCUUCUUGCAACACACACUCCGGGCGAAGCUGGUAUGCCUGCUCACACACGCCUUCUGGCCACCUCUGACAUGGAUUAUCGUCUGCUCGUCGUUCUGGAUACCAUUUACGUAUGCCGUCGACCCUCCUACGAUGCCUGACCGGGAAGAACUUUUGGUCCGCGACCAGAAGACUGGAAUCGCCCAUCCAAAAGCAGAGGCCAAGAAGAUUGCCUUUAGCACUCAGAGUUUCUUGUUCGAGCUCGAGUACUGUGUGACCACCGCGUUUACCGCCGUGGUAUUUGUCGCCGCCUUCUUCUAUUGA